UCUCGGGUUAUUUUCACGUCGCACCGGAUUCUGCGUACAGCAAGCAAACACAGAACGGGAAAAAAUGGCUACGCUUCUAAAACCAUGAACCCUCCCUUACUCCCUCGCUACUCCUACUCUACACCACACGCUAUCCACUUUCUCACCUCCACCGUCGUCGCAAGCUGUUUCCCGGGCCUCCUGUCGCAGGGAACUGAACUGCAGCAAUUUUUUGAGUAAUGGCUCUGUCCGUCUCCAGAAGAAUUUUACGCUCAUUUGGUUCAUUUCAUAGUCAGUCAUCUCGAGCUUCUCAUGGAAACUGGUUGUUUCCUGUGGACUCCUCAACCGUUGUCAAGGAUGUGCCACUUAGCCUAUCUUGUCGAAGGCUUUCUACUACCAUCCUAACCCCUGGAACUGGUGAUGGUUCUUCAUUUCCCGGUGAUUCAUCAACGAGGUCUAUACUAAUGCCCGACCGUAAAAUAGGACUUUAUGAAGAUCUGGUAACUCGUGUUACAAAUUUUAUUAACGAGGACAAGGGAUUAAUGAUUUUGGCUGGUGAUGUUUUUGAUGUACCAAUUAGGAAGGAUAUCAUUCAUCGUGUUGUACUAUGGCAACUUGCAAAGCGGCAACAGGGAACACAUUCAACAAAAACUAUUAGUGAGGUUAGUGGGACUGGGAAGAAGCCAUAUCAGCAAAAGGGUACUGGAAGAGCGAGGCAUGGGACAUUGCGUGGACCUCAGUUUAGGGGUGGUGCUACAAUGCACGGCCCUAAGCCACGAAGUCAUGCGAUCAAGCUGAAUAAGAAAGUUCGGCGUCUAGGGCUGAAGAUUGCUCUUACUGCUCGUGUAGCAGAAGGGAAGCUUCUGGUUUUUGAAGACUUGGAGGUUCUGACUCAUAAAACCAAGAACAUUGUUAACUAUGUCAACGAAAUGGAGAACACCAAAAAACUGCUGCUUGUGGAUGGUGGCCCAAUAAAUGAAAAGCUGAAGUUAGCUACACAAAAUCUACACUAUGUCAACGUACUACCCUCAAUUGGUUUAAACGUAUAUAGCAUCUUGUUGCAUGACACAUUGGUGAUAUCCCGCUCUGCAGUGGAUAGGAUUGUUGAGCGGAUGCACACUCCAAUUAACCGUAGAACUUUGGUGACUUUAUGUGCUUAGCUAUAUGCCUAUAUCCCUUUUAAUUCAGAGUAUGGGUUUCUUUCCCCUUUCCCAGAAGCAGAAAUAGUGAAAAAUAUAAUUGGUGUACAUUGUGGGUGGAUGCCCAUUUCUUGUAUCAGCAGAAUUUUGUAAGAAGUUUUCUUCAAUUUCAAAUAUAGAUUUGCAUUUCUUAGA